AUGAAGGCAGGCAAGGCCCCCUUUGGCGUCAACGUCUACAGCGCGGAGGCUGCAGCGGGGUUUGCAACGAUGCUUGCCAACAGCGCGGGCAGCUUCUGGACCUUCUACUUCCUCAAGGCUUUCAACCUCACGGCUGAGCAGGCCGCCAGCACCUACAGCUAUGCACAGCACACGUCCUUCAUGAAGCAAACGCAAGAGGCACGUCACAUGCUUGUUGGGUCGCCACAAACGCCACGCCACGGCACAAGUCCACAGCUCCGCUGGGGAACACAUGUGCACUUGGAGGAUCUGAAGCACUCGCCAUAUGCGCUCCAGUGUCCAUCCGUGCCCAUCCGUGCUUCCAUCACCCUCCGUGCUUCCAUCACCCUCCGUGCUUCCAUCACCCUCCGUGCUUCCAUCACCCUCCGUGCUUCCAUCACCCUCCGUGCUUCCAUCACCCUCCGUGCUUCCAUCACCCUCCGUGCUUCCAUCACCCUCUCUUUCUCGUCCCUCCCUCUCUUCCUCCCUCCCCCCUCCCCUCCCUCGCCCCUCCUCAUUGCCCCAUCCCCCCUCCACACUUCCCCCUCCCCUUUCCCUUUUGCCUCUCUCCCCUCCCCUCCCCCACCAGACGUGAGUGUGCGGAGGGAUGACGGGGCGGUGGUGUAUCUGAACGGCAACGAGAUUGUGCGGAGGGAUGACGGGGCGGUGGUGUAUCUGAAUGGCAACGAGAUGUUUCGCACCAACAUGCCCGGGUCAGGGCCCAUCUCUCACACCACCGCCGCCGCGGGCGUCACGCAGACAGACCCGAGCAACGGCAACAACAAGGACUCGUACUACUCGUGCGGGGGGGCGUGCUAUGGUCGCAACAUGUCUGCUUGGAGCAAGCCGGGCAUCAACUGGGUGGCAGCAGAGCUACACCAGGCCUACCUCUGGUCCGGAGAUGCCGCCUUCGACCUCUCGCUCUCCCGCCUUGGAGUCAACGACUGCCCCGCCCCUCCCUCCGAUGCCUCCUCCUCCUCCUCCUCGUCCUCCGCGCCUGCGCUCGCCUUGCCGUGCAUCCGCUCAACGUACCGCUCGCUGCUCCCGGAGGGCACGGUGUGGCGCUUCAACGACGCGUCUAUGAGUGCGCCGCCGGCAGGAUGGCACCUGCCUGCCUUCAAUGAUGCCGCAUGGCCCUCAGGUACCUGCUCCGCCGCUACCUCGAUCCCAACCAACCUGAUCCCUUACUGUGAAAUCUGA